GAGCUUUCGGUUCAGCUGCCUCCUGGCGCGCGCCUAGCCGAACAGAGGGAGCGGGGCGCGCGUCGGCGCGGAUUUGAGGCGGCUCGCGGGGUCUCGCGGCCCCGGCUCCAGCCUCCCGGCCCGGCCCGGCCUCCACCCGCGACCGCCGCCCCUCCCCGUUAGCCCAGCGAGGAUUUGAACGGCCGGGCCACAGCCCGCGAGCGCGGCAGCCAAUCAGCGGCGUGCACUUUCCCGCGGCUUCUGCGGCGGCGGCGGCCCGGCGGCGGCGGCGGCGGCGGGCGGGAGCGCGGGGGCGGGGUCGGCGCCGCGCGCGGAGAACCUCGGCCAGGCCGCGCUGCGCCCGCCGCCGCCCCCUCCCCUCCCUCGGCUCUCCUUUCCCGCGGCCCCGGCCCCCUCCCCACCGCCGCGGAGCCCAGCGCCGCGGUCCGAGAGCCGCCGCCAGAGGAUGCGACGCACCACAGUGUAGUGUUCUAAGCACGGAAGCACCUGGACUGCAUGGAAUUGAGCAUCAGAAAAAGCCCCGUCUCGGUGCAGAAAGCCGUCACGUGCGUGAGGAUGAAGCAGGCCCCCGAGGCCCUCGGCGGCAGCGCCGGGAAGAGCCCGGGCUGCGAGGUGAGCCGUGAGUGCUCCGUGCUCCUUGGCAAAGCGCAGCUGUCCACCGGUCUGCGGGAGGGCGUCAUGCAGAAGUUCAACGGCCACGACGCACUGCCCUUUCUCCCGGCGGAGAGGCUGAGAGACCUGACCUCCCGCGUGUUCAAUGGGGACCCUAGUGCUCAGGACGCCAAACUGCGAUUCGAGUCCCCGGAAGGGAGAGGGGCGGGGACCCCACCCAGUGCUAGCCCCACCAAAAACGGCUCUCCAGAGAUCAAGCUGAAAAUCACCAAGACCUACAUGAACGGGAAGCCUCUCUUUGAGUCUUCCAUUUGUGGGGGCGGCCCUGCUGCUGUGUCCCCGUCUGAAGACAGUGGACAGAAACCAGAAAGCAAGGCGAGGAGGAGCAGGAAGAGGAGCAUAAAGUACGACUCCUUCCUGGAGCAGGGCCUUGCGGAAGCCGCCGUCGUGCCGGAGACCUCCAGCCCCUCGGACAGGAAGACCCCGGCUGCGAGGGAGCCCUGUCCGAGCGCCAGCAGAGAACGAGACCGCCUGCUGAAGUACAGCGUCGGCGACCUGGUGUGGUCCAAGGUGUCCGGGUACCCGUGGUGGCCGUGCAUGGUCUCUGCCGACCCCCUCCUGGACAGCUACACCAAGCUUAAAGGUCAGAAAAAGAGUGCCCGCCAGUACCACGUCCAGUUCUUCGGCGACGCCCCCGAGAGGGCCUGGGUGUUCGAGAAGAGCCUGGUGGCCUUCGAAGGGGAAGCGCAGUUCGAGAAGUUGUGCCAGGAGAGCGCCAGGCAGGCGCCCACGAAAGCGGAGAAAAUCAAGCUGCUGAAGCCCAUCGCGGGGAGACUGCGAGCACAGUGGGAGACGGGGCUCCGCCAGGCCGCGGAGGCCGCGGGCAUGCCCCUGGAGGAGCGGAGGGCCAAGUUCACCUUCCUCUACGUCGGGGGCCAGCUCCACCUGAACCCGCACGUGGCCAAGGAGGCGGGCGUGCUGGACGAGGUGCCGGCGCCAGGGCCUGUGGGAGUCACUGCUGGGGCCCCCAGGCCCCGGAAAGAAGAGGGCACCGCUGUCAAGAGAAGGGGGAGGGCGAAGCUGGCUCGCCCUGUUGACGGCCAGGACAGCGGCUCCACAGCGGUGACAGCGGCUCAGAAGGCGGCGGAGGCCGACCCCAGGAGAGGGGCGAGCGUGGUCCCCGGGCGGAAGAAGGCCGUGGCCGCCACACCGCGGAGCAGGAAGGGGGACGCUGCCUCCCAGUUCCUGGUGUUCUGUCAGAAGCACCGGGACGAGGUGGUGGCCGAGCACCCGGACGCCUCUGGGGAGGAGAUCGAAGAGCUCCUGGGGUCCCAGUGGAGCAUGCUCGGCGAGAAGCAAAAGGCCCGCUACACCACGAAGUUUGCCGUGCUGGCCCUGCCCCCCUCCGAGGAAGACGCCGGUUACUUCCACGGGAGGAGGAGGGCCCACCCAAAGAGGACACAGGACCCUGCGGGAGAUGCUGAAGUUGAGGACGUGCCCAGGAAAAGACUCAGGACGGACAAGCAUGGCCUCCGGAAGAGGGAGACUGUCGCUGACAAACCGUCCCGAUCAGGCCCCUGCAAGGCCCUGGAGGCGACCUCCUCCCUGAAGAGCCAGGCAGCAACGAAACACCUGUCUGAUGCGUGCAAACCCCUGAAGAAGCGGAACCGGGCGUCCACGGCAGCGUCCCCAGCGCUCGCGCUCAGCAAGAGCGUGUCUCCUGCGGCGUCUGUGACUGAGAACGAGGUCUCGGAUGGCCCGGGAGACGAGCCUUUGGAGUCCCCGUACGAAAGUGCUGACGAAACUCAGACCGAAGUGUCCAUCUCGUCCAAGAAGUCGGAGCGGGGAGUGGCUGUCAGGAAGGAGCACGUCUGUCAGGUGUGCGAGAAGCCUGGCAGCCUCCUGCUCUGUGAGGGGCCCUGCUGCGGGGCCUUCCACCUGGCCUGCCUCGGGCGGUCCAGGCCACCGGAAGGACGGUUCACCUGCAGCGAGUGUACUUCAGGGAGUCACUCCUGCUUCGUGUGCAAGGACAGCCAGGCGGACGUGAGGCGCUGCGUCGUGCCGCAGUGCGGGAAGUUCUACCACGAGGCCUGCGUGAGGAAGCUGCCGCUGACGGUGUUCGAGAGCCGAGGCUUCCGCUGCCCUCUGCACAGCUGCGCCAGCUGCCACGCGGCCAACCCCGCGCACCCGCGCUCGGCGAAAGGUAAAAUGAUGCGCUGUGUUCGCUGCCCCGUGGCCUAUCACGGAGGGGACGCGUGUCUGGCAGCGGGCUGCCUGGUGCUCGCCCCCCACAGCAUCGUCUGCGCGGGGCACUUCACCGCGCGGAAGGGGAAGCGGCACCACGCCCACGUCAACGUCAGCUGGUGCUUUGUGUGCUCGAAAGGGGGCAGCCUGCUGUGCUGCGAGGCCUGCCCCGCGGCCUUCCACCCGGACUGCCUGAACAUCGAGAUGCCGGACGGCAGCUGGUUCUGCAACGACUGCAGGGCUGGGAAGCGGCUGCGCCAUCAGGACAUCGUCUGGGUCAAACUCGGGAACUACAGAUGGUGGCCGGCAGAAGUUUGCCAUCCCAAAAAUGUCCCCCCAAAUAUUCAGAGAAUGAAGCACGAGGUUGGAGAAUUCCCUGUGUUUUUCUUUGGGUCUAAAGAUUACUACUGGACGCAUCAGGCUCGAGUGUUCCCGUACGUGGAAGGGGACCGGGGCAGCCGCUACCAGGGGGUCAGAGGGAUCGGCAGAGUCUUCAAACACGCGCUGCAAGAAGCCGAGGCUCGUUUUCGUGAAAUCAAACUUCAGAGGGAGGCCAGGGAAACACAGGAGAGUGAGCGGAGGCCCCCGCCCUACAAGCACAUCAAGGUGAACAAGCCCUAUGGGAAAGUGCAGAUCCACACGGCCGACAUCUCCGAAAUCCCCAAGUGCAACUGCAAGCCCACGGACGAGAGCCCCUGCGGCAUCGACUCGGAGUGCCUGAACCGGAUGCUCAUGUUCGAGUGCCACCCGCAGGUGUGCCCGGCGGGCGAGUCCUGCCAGAACCAGUGCUUCAGCAAGCGCCAGUACCCCGAGACCAAGGUCAUCAGGACGGACGGCAAAGGCUGGGGCCUGGUGGCCAAGAGAGACAUCCGCAAGGGGGAGUUUGUGAACGAGUACGUGGGCGAGUUGAUCGACGAGGAGGAGUGCAUGGCCAGGAUCAGGCGCGCCCACGAGAACGACAUCACUCACUUCUACAUGCUCACCAUCGACAAGGACCGCAUAAUCGACGCCGGCCCCAAAGGCAACUACUCCCGGUUCAUGAACCACAGCUGCCAGCCCAACUGCGAGACCCUCAAGUGGACGGUGAACGGCGACACCCGGGUGGGUCUCUUCGCCGUGUGUGACAUCCCUGCAGGGACGGAGCUGACUUUCAACUACAACCUCGACUGCCUGGGCAACGAGAAGACCGUGUGCCGCUGCGGGGCCCCCAACUGCAGCGGGUUCCUCGGGGACCGGCCCAAGACCUCGACGGUGCUCGCUUCAGAGGAAAAGGGCAAGAAGACCAAGAAGAAAAGCCGGAGGCGCCGGACCCGCGGCGAAGGGAAGAAGGCGUCGGAGGACGAGUGCUUUCGCUGCGGCGACGGGGGCCAACUGGUGCUGUGUGACCACAAGGCCUGCGCCAAGGCCUACCACCUGGCCUGCCUGGGCCUGCGCAAGCGGCCCUUCGGGAAGUGGGUGUGCCCGUGGCACCACUGCGACGUGUGCGGCAAACCUUCCACCUUGUUCUGCCACUUCUGCCCCAAUUCGUUCUGCAAGGAGCACCAGGACGGGACAGCAUUCAGCGCCACCCAGGAUGGGCGGCCCCGCUGCAGUGAGCACGAUCCGGGCACAGAGUCUGUUGCCCGCGCCCAGGCCGCGCAGCCCUGCCCUGAGCCUGUGAAGCCCAAGGGGAAGAGGAGGCGGAGGCGGUGCUGGCGGAGGGUCACGGAAGGCAAAUAGCUCUGGGGGGGGGGUCCUGAUCAGGUGUGGGGGGGCACCGGCAGGUGGGCGGGCCUGGCGGGGCCCAGGGCACCUCCGCAGGGACAGGGACAGUGACCGCCUCUCAUCCUCCCUGGGAGGGAGCGCCCGCCACCACUGAGCCACCAGCAGCGCCGCUGCCUCUGCACUGAGCGCCCCCGAGCCGCGCACUUGGGGUGGGGGACCACGCCUGUGACACCGCGUUGGGGCUACACUUGAAUUGCGGGGCGUGUUGAGGGUCUCACCCCGACUUUUAGGUUCCAGUUAUGAUUGAAAUUAAUUGGCACAUGAAAUGUUUUUAUCUUGCCUGAAGCAGGUAGAGUAGUUUGUUCUCUUAACGAGGCUCCUGGGCCCGCUUCCCUGCCGUCCUCACUCAGGAGGGGCCUGGCCGGCUCGCUGCGGGGAGGGGCUCAGACCCUGAGUCCCUUAGAAACCAUCAUUUUGAUCAUUAUUUUUGCUUUUGUGAAACAGCUGUAUUUUUUGUACUAAUGUGAAAUUUUUCCUCAAAACGCUCCUUUUUCGUCGUAGUGAGAAGCUGUCCCAGCAGUGGGGGCAGUGGUAGUAGCUUUAAGAUAUUCUGAGUCGUUUCCUCUCCGUAGAUUUGAACUAGGAGCCGCCUCCGGGCCUGCCUGUCCGGCGCAGGCCCCUCCUCAGGGGCCGCUCCCCCCGCAUGGGGUUCUGGCCAACACGUGGGAAAAGACUGUGUACUUUUUCCUUUGACUUUUCUUUCGUGGUUUCUUGAUUUAUUCUCAAUAUAUUUUUGCUAAGCGUGUUUCACUACCA